CCGCUCCUUCCGGCCCCGGGCUCCGCUCGGCUCCGCUCGGCUCUUGGCUGCCGCGCUCGCUUUGCCUUCGGCUGUUUCCGGAGCCGCAAGCGCCUAGCUGCGGUGACGCUCCCCGCGCGGGCUGCAGAUGUCGGACCGGCAGGCGGCUGAGGGGCCGGCCUUCUGGAGCCCCGCUGCUCGUCGAGGGUCGGCUGGAGGCGUCGGGGACCGACAGGGAGUGGAGGGGAGCCAGGCGGCCGCUUCAGGCCAGAAGAGGGCACCAGACCUCCCUACAGGUGGCUGUGAGCCACCACGUGGUUGCCGGGAAUUGAACUCAGGACCUUCCGAAGAGCAGGCAACGCUCCCAACCACAGAGCCAUCUCUCCAGCCCAACAGAGAGAAAGAAGAUCUAGAAAACACCAAGGUCAGCUCUCCACUGGCUUCUGCCUCUGAUCCAGAACCCUGGCCCUCACCCUACAGGCCACAGAUGGUAUCUCCAGCGAGUAAGGAUACCACGGAGGGUCUACAGAAAGCGGCUGGUGCUUCCAAGGUUCAGGCUCCGGGGGAGCAGGAGUUGCUGCCAGCAGGCCAAGCUCAGGUACACACUGAGAUGGCCAAGUACCAAGCUCCACAGCGACCCGAAGACAUGGUCAUGAUCCAGUCCGAGCACACUGGAGCUGUCGAUGUCCUCUCAACAGAUUUGGAGUCUGCAGAUCUUCUGGGGGAGCACAGGAAAGUCUCUCCACCUCUGAUGGCGCCUCCAUGCAUCUGGACCUUUGCCAAAGUGAAGGAGUUCAAAAGCAAGCUGGGCAAAGAGAAGAACAGCCGUCUGGUGGUGAAGCGGGGAGAAGUGGUCACCAUCCGGGUCCCCACCCAUCCCGAGGGAAAGCGCGUCUGCUGGGAAUUCGCAACCGAUGACUAUGAUAUUGGUUUUGGAGUUUAUUUUGACUGGACCCCGGUAACCAGCACCGACAUAACUGUGCAGGUCAGCGAUUCUAGCGAGGAUGAGGACGAAGAAGAGGAAGAAGAUGAGGAGAUCGAAGAACCCGUCCCUGUCGGAGAUGUGGAGAGAGGCUCCAGGAGUUCUCUACGGGGUCGCUAUGGGGAAGUCAUGCCUGUGUACCGGAGGGACAGCCACAGAGAUGUGCAAGCUGGCAGCCAUGACUACCCUGGAGAGGGCAUCUACUUGCUCAAGUUUGAUAACUCGUACUCCCUGCUGCGCAACAAGACUCUGUACUUCCACAUCUACUACACUAGCUGAAGGACGCUAGGCUAGGGCAGGCUGUGUGUGCUGGCUAAAGCAGGCUGCCAGCUGGUGCCUCUUGCCUAUAAGCAAGGGCCUCAAGUUCUGUGUGAGGCUCCCAGGCCUCGUGCCCUGCCUGGCAUGCCUGACUACUGACCCCAUGUAGCUUCUCCCCUUUCUUGGCUUCUGCAGGUGGUGGUGUAGCGCUCCUGUUCUGUGGCCCCGGCUCACGCUCUUGUUUCAGACUCCAGCAAAACCCUCUCGGAAGGCCCCUAUGAGGCAAAAUGAGGUAGAAGGAUGUCUUUGAAAAAAAUUGAUUCACGCUGGUACAGCUUGUCAUUCAGGUGGACGCCCACUCUUCUCCAGAGCCUGUAAUGCCGAUGUACUUAGCAGCGCCUGCCCUCUUACAUGUCGAGGUGCCAAAGAGGGAAAAGCACAUUGUCUAUGAAAGAGCCCAAUACCCUGGAUGGGGAGCGCUCCAUCCAGCCUCUCAGCACUGCCAUACUCCUGCCUGCUGGGCAUUCUGAGUCUGUAGCUCAGCCUAGAAGCCCUCACUGCCUUGGAUGGAUAUUAUUACUCCUUCUGGGUAGACCUUCCUCCUUUCUCUGUACCAAGUCUCUGUUUAUGCCAUGUAGCAAGAACUGCCGAGCUGUGGUCAGUGUCCUAAGAUCUGCUGGGAAGAAAAGCGGCCUCCAUCACUUGGCGUCUCCAGAGCUCUCUCCCUUACUAAGGGCGCUGGUAGUUGGUACAGCAAGGGUGGAAGGCAGGCACUGGGUUAUCUCAGAAGCAGCCCUUCUGGAAGUCAAGUACUAGUGGUUGUCCGGUGUGCUGCCCCCCCACCUCCACCCCCGUGUUUAGGCUAGGGGUGUUAUCUAGAAAGUUUCAUUUGGAGCCAAAUACAGUGAAACCCAGUCAGGUUUGCAGUGAUUCUGGGUUUGUGUUCUUUCCACUGAGGGUGUAAACUUUUGCCAUUCACAGUCCUUAGGGAAAGUAAUGAUGGAAUUUUGCUCUUGCUGCUGAUUGUGUGUGCUCCUGACCUGACCAAAGCCUGUAGGGACAGCCUCCUGCACUCUGUUCAUCCUGAGGUUCUGGAGCCACAGAAUGGAGUCGUGUUGCAGUGGCCACAGCGCACCAGAUGCUUGGGCUUCAGGUGGAGAGGGCAGACAGUGAGGCGUGGACCUCUGCAGUCCUCUGUACCUCUUUGUCUCCUACCCUGUGUCGUCUGCCAUCCUUCUGAAUUUUGAAUAAUUAGGUUUAUUUAUUACUCUGUGUUUUUUUAAAGCACAUUUCAGUUUGCCUUUGAAACAGUUCCCAUCUGUUUCCCAUUGCUUUCCGUCUGCUCUGAGCCGUUGAGGGCACCUCUUCCAUGGCGUUCACGACGGUUGUAGAGCUUGGAAAUGAUUGUGCGUGUCGUUCCUGCAUGCCAGCUGCCCUGUGAUGUUUUGGGAAGAGCCUGUCCUUUGUGAGAAGGCCGACUCUAACCUCGUCCGUGUGUGGGUCCGUCUCAGCACUCCCCAUGAGGAAUGGGUGAUGGACGCCCUUGCACUGGAAAUCGACUUAAGGAACUGAUGAUCCUGUCAGUGACCAGCCGAGCACCCCAGGUACCGGAUGUCAGAGUCCUCCGAUGCCCUCAUGACGUUUCCUUUACCACAUUUCGUUAUUGUGUGCCGAGUCCCUCUGUCCUAGAGGAGUGAUCAUUCCCAGAGCAGCUGAGCUGAAGCUGAAUGAUGUUUUCCCUGGUCGAGUGUAAUCUUUGUAGAAACAAUCUUGGGAGCUAUUUUCAAGUCAGCGCAGUCCCGCUUACUUUUCCUGUUCUCCUGCCCUCAACCCCUAGCCCACUCUCAGAAGGGCAGAUCCGGCCCCAGGUAGCACGGCCCCAGGGCUUUUGCUCUGUCUUGUCUUUUGUUCUUAUGUGAGGUCAUGGUGUCUUACUUUCUUGGAGCCCCAGUUCUCUUGUUCCAGGGAAGUCUGUGGGCUUCUGAUCCCUCUGAUGUGCCUGUCACUGGCUGGUCAUUCUGUCACAGUUAGUUCUUACUGGCUUCUCUUCAGCAGGGUUUUUGUCUCAUGAACAUAAAAUGGCUAAAAGAAGACAUGCCAACAGUAUGAUGAAUUCACUAUUCUCACACUAAAUUUUUGCAGUAAGAGAACUUGAGAGAUAAAGUAUUAUUUUCCGAAAACACAGGUAAUUAUGGAGAACACACAUGUACCUUGGAGGUCCUAAGAAGUGUCACUUCCUUGAUCCUUCCUUGUUCAUGUUGCAACAACCAAAUAAUGAAAUAGAUUAUCUGCUUUUACUCUUGCCCUGCUCACUAGGGCACAGGUCGAUGCUGUGCAGUUGAGAGAAAGGCUUUUGUAAGAAGGCUGAGAUUGAGGGUCUUCACACAAAGUGACUGACCGUUCACAUUUCCUCAGUCUAUCUAAGUUUGCUCUUUAUGAAGAGACAGGACUUUAAAAAAAGACAUAUCUAAAGUGCUAUUUUUUCCAACAUCUUAUGAAAAAUUUCAGCAAACAAAAAAAAGCAUAAACUUACAUCCAUGUCUAUUUUUAAACAACAAACUGCCAGUUUUUAAACAAAGAUUGUACCUUUUAGCUCCUUCUGGCAAGUGGAUGGUCAGAGGAUGUCCCCUUUCCAGUGAGGGUCUUCACAAAAGUGGCUGUCUGUCUCCAUCUUUUAGAAAACUAGCUGGAUGUCCCUUACUUCUGACUGGAGCCAAAGUGGCUUUCCCCUCUAGCUGAAUGGCUGUGUGCAGGUGACUGCACAGCUGUACCCAAAGCCUGCCUUCUCCUCUCAGCUGACACACCCUCAGGAUGCUCACAUGCAAAUGCGCUCUGCACAGAACACAUGGAAGCAGGUAGCCACUUGAAAGCAGGCUGUUUUGAGUUAUUGUUCUCAUGGAUGAAUUCACGCACUUUAAAAAUAUUUUAUUUGAUAUCUAGGAAGAAUGGGCUUUUAAAGUCCCGUUAUAUGAAUACAGACAAGUUAGUCUGUAACUGUUUUAUAUUCAUGGGAUUAGAUAUUAUUGUGGAGUUUAUAAUAUAUGCCUUUUGAUUUUGGUGAGUCUUAGUUCCUUCUGUGAGAGAACCCUAAAGUAUGUGAUUGUAUAUUUAUGUUUAAGGAGCACUCUGCAAAACGUUGCCUUUAACAUCAGAGUCUGUGGUUCUAAGGUGUGGAACUGAGUGAUCCUAUCAUUUAUGUAGGGUUUCUUUUUUUUUUUUUUUUAGUAGACAGGGGGGUGGAACACAAGCAAUUUUGUGCUGCUUCAGCUGCCUUUAAGGGUGAAAACGGGAUGGAACAGAGGAGCGGAGAGCGACCACACUAUGGUAUGUCCCAGAAUUCACUGAGUGCUUCAGUGGCGCUUUGCUCGUCGGAACUGUUUUGUAAGCCAGAAGCCUUACUGGUUCUCCUCAUGCUCAGUGGAGAAUCCUCCAACCCAGUUUGCCAUCUGUCAACAGGGUUGGCUGUAUGCAUUUUUUAGUAGUUUCCUCUGCUAAAUGUAACCAUGACCUGAGGAUUGGUUUCCUGUCUCCAUCCUUUGGGGCAUAACAGAGGUAGCAGGAUGAGAGAAGGACAAGAGUCAGUUCCACUCAGGGUGCUGAAGGCUUAGUUGUGAAUGUGUCCCUGUAGGCAUAAUUCAGAUGCCUUGUGUCCACCACCACAGAACCUACAGCCAUGAGAGUGCUGGGUAGCAAGCAGGCCUCCUGCAGGCUGACAGCGUCACCACACAGAGCAAACCACACAGCUUUCUCUAUUAGGGCUUCUGUUUGGAGUUUCUCUUCAUGCUAAGCAUCCACAAUGACCUCUGUCCCGAGUUUCUUCCAUAUGACCAGAGGUGUAGAAUGCCUGCACUUUGGGAGAAGGGCAGCGCGGGUGGGUGGGUCCCUUCGGAGCCCCUGUGGGAAAAGGUAAGCUUUCAUCUGAAGAAGGGACUUGGUGUUACUGCUGCUGUGCGGGUGCUUGGAUAAGGAUGCAUUCUGUACAAAGCAAGUCACUGUGUUCACGCGUGCAUGUGCUCCAGGCGCUGUCACCUUCCUUCGUGGGGCAGAAGAUGAGCAUCCAAACAGCCAGUAAGCUGAAUAUCUGAUCUCCAAUGACCUAAGCGAGCAUUCUUUGUUCCUGGUGGUAUUUAGGGGGACCAAGAAAUUCAUGCAAGAAUUUCUUGGAUCUGUAUGUAUCUGAUGCUGUUAAGUGGCAGCUUUUUGCUUUGUUUAACUUAUGUAGCACCUCGGGGCAUUCCCAAAGAACAUUCAGUUGUCUAGGGUGAACUGUGAUCCAAAAUGUAGGAAAACAUCCUAAGUGUUGUUUGGCCAGGUUGCAGUCACUGUUCCCUCUGCAUGUAGCAUUGCUUUCUUGGACCAAGAAGGCUAACCAGAGCCGCCUCUGUGUGAACCACUGUCUCCAAGCUAAGAAAAUACAAUCAACAAUAGAGUUGUCAGUAGGGUAUUGAUAAUUUGGCUCCCUUACAGAUAGUCACUCCUCAGGAAUAGAGUGUAGAUAGGACACUGGGUGUGAAACUGUAGGGCUGGUCCCUGGUGUGAACUCAUUAUCUGAUUUUUAACAUGUGGAACACAGACGUGGCUCUUCAGUUUAAGAUACAAUAAAAACGGUGCCCCAGAGACCUAGAAAUAUAUGCUGCUUUAUGAAAUUUCAGUUUCCUGUCAUUUGAAUCGGGGAGCUUUUUGACUUAUCUGGGGGUAAAAUUGUAUGUGUGAAAUGACCUAUGGAAACAGAGUAUCUCCUGCAGGGCUGUCAGGAUUGGGAAGAUUCUGGAUUUGGAGCUGCAAUGAUGUGCAGUAUUACUGAAGAACCCUUAGCUUCCUGCCGGCUUAAGAGGCCCCCUAAACUCUUCACUCAGGGUUGGAAUGUCUCAUCUGAUGUCCAUUCUUAGCUUCAGGCCAGGACACAGCUAGAAAACAUUGUCUUAAUUCCUCCUCUCAUAUCCUAAGCAGUACAUUUUAUUAAGACAUUUUAUGCUAAAAAUACAUAUUGUGUCCGGUUCUGAGAUUAUUGUCCCAUAAGUGAAUUAGCUUUCAUUUAAUCAGUCUGAGUUAUUUCCAUUUAGUCCUGCCGGUCUGGAAAAAGCAAUCCCAUGAUGCAUGACUUUGGUGUAUCCACGUUCUCUUAAUAAUUGGAAGCAUUUCGAAGCUUACAGAAGAAAUGCUUGAUGCUUUGUAAUAAAAAAGCAUUUGCAAACGCGUCGUAACAAAGGGACAGAGUCUAGAGAGCAGAGUGGAAAAGCAGAAUGGGAAGGCAGGGAGGUGCCUGGCGCUCUCCUAACUGCAGUGCCAUUCGCUUACUCAUCCCAAGGGCUACUCCGGAGCCAUCGUCCAGAUCCACGAGUGGUUUGAAGGGGAUUGGGUUUUCUUUCCGUACUGCUGUGUAUCAUAUGCUGCUGCCAUGGUUACCAAAGGCCUGGAAGGGAAACUAUAUCACAGUCUUGUCUUUUUUUUCUUCAAAAUUCAAACAGAUCCAAACUAAUGAGCUAUUACAGCUGUUUUUCGUGUCGCCUGUCAUUAGAAGUGCUGCCAGAGUGUAUGACCUCCACGUAAGAACGCUGCGCCAGUGCUUACUCAGUGCGUUUCCUCCCGUCACACUGCGUAUUUUCACCUCACGGCACUGAAUGUGUCCUGAGCAAUGGUUAGACAGCUGAGUUCUGUUGUUUUAUAGUAUGUGACAGUUUUGUGAAAUGCUUUUGUGCAUUUUUUGUCUUCUUUUCCAAGUUUUGAAAUCUGUCAUAAAUAAACUUUUUCACUGUG